CUCCCUGGGGUCUCUGUGGCCCUGCCAAAAGGUACCUUUCCUGUCCCCACAGACUUUGACGACGAUGGGACUCUGGACAGGAGGGACCUGGAGCAACUGGUGAACUGCCUGACGGGGCAGGGCGAGGAGUCCCGGCUGAGCAGGGCGGAGAUGGAGCAGCUCAUCCAAAACAUCCUGGAGGAGUCUGACAUCGACAAGGACGGCACCAUCAACCUCUCCGAGUUCCAGCAUGUCGUCUCCCGCUCCCCAGACUUUGCCAGCUCCUUCAAGAUCGUCAUGUGAGCCCCAUGUCUCACCA